UAAAAAAUAAUGAAGUCUUGCAACCCUUCAUGAAAAGACAUACCUACAAUUUCUGACAGGAAAAGCCCAGAGGAAAAGGUCUUGUGGUUGUUUUUAUUUGAACUGAUAAAUUUGGUUGCAGCUAAGUUUGAGUUAAAGGAGCAAAUUAUUUAAAUUCUUUUAGUGAGCAGAACUGAGGAGAAAAACUGAACUAACUUGUUUCUGGAAAACAAAAUGAAUAAAAUCAACUGUUCUCCCCCGGAUAAGGACUUAUUUGAACAUAGAGUCCUGCCUGCUCUUUACAUCUCAGUAUUUGUUAUUGGAUUGGUCCUGAAUGUGUGGGGAAUGAAGUCUUUGUUGCACAACUGGAAGAAAUUUCAGCACAUUAACAUUUUUGUUCUUAACCUUGGACUAGCAGACAUUAUGUACCUGCUGACUCUCCCCUUUCUCAUCGUGUAUCGCCUUAAAGGAAACAAAUGGAUGUUUGGAGACAGAUUCUGCAAGGUAACAAGAUUCUGCUACAACCUGAAUCUAUACGGCAGCAUCGGGUUCCUCACCUGUAUAAGUGUCUACCGGUACCUGGCUGUUGUCCACCCAAUCAGAACGAGGGGGAGAUUAACUACAAUCCACUCUGUGGUCAUCUCAGCCAUAGUUUGGAUUCUGGAAACAAAUGGAUCUUUGGAGAUGGAUUCUGCAAGGUACCUGUCCAUCGUCCAUCCAAUGAGAACGUUGGGGAAAUUAACUACGACUCACUCUGUGGUCAUCUCAGCCAUAGUUUGGAUUCUGGUGAGUGUUCAAAGUCUUCCAGACAUGUUCUACCCAAAAACAUAUCCAAACGGAUCAAAAUGCUUUGACACCACCUCUAAUGAACAUAUUAAUAGUUACCUGGAUUACACCAUCGCAUGGACAAUCUUUGGAUUCUGCAUCCCUUUUGUCACCAUUGUAGGCUGCUAUGGACAUGUGACUGUUGUUAUCUGCCGUUCAAAUAUGAUGAAAAAAGACCAGAAACGACAAAUCUUAAAACUGAUGGCUCUACUGAUUCUUCUCUUCUCGCUUUGUUAUGCACCCUAUCAUAUUUUCAAGAACCUCAGCCUGUAUUCCAGAGUUCUGCGUAAGCAGGGAACAUGCCCACAAUGGGAUUCUGGAGUCUUUAUUGCGCGCCAGGUGAGCCGUGGUCUUGUGAGCUUGCACAAUGCUCUUAACCCACUGGUUUACCUGUGUCUACAUGAGGAAAUGGUUUCUCAGUUCAGGCAGCUGCUGAGGGGGGGGCACCAGAUUUUCAUUCGUCGUUUCAAGUCGAAAUCCAGCUCCGUGCCGGUACCACAGGCUGAGCAAGAAGUGGAAAUGAUUUAUGACAGCAAGUAGUGUUUUGUCAUGAGAUAAAUUGUAACAAAUAAUGUGAUGUCAAAAUGGUGAAAUCAAUUUCAAUAUGCAACCUCUUUUUAACCCAUUCAUUGUAAAAAAAUAUAAAGUUUUUGAAAGUUCAGAGAAUAAAAUACUUUUGCUGGUUUAUAGUUCAUUAAAAGGCUUUUCAUCCAAAAUGAUGACCGCAGUUCUUCCAACCUUCCACACCAUUUCUUCCUACUGACGAAGUGUAUC